GACUGAAUAGUGACCGCAAAGGGCUCUGAGUGUGUGACUGGUUACUGAUUAUUGACUGAGAUUAUACCAGAGUCUAAAUAUGAAUUGUGAGGAGUCAGGGUUAUUCAGUGUGAUUCAUGAUCUCCCAUUGGUCUGACUAGAUUGAUGGCAUUUAGUGGAGAUUUUGUUUGUUUGAUGACUGAGAUGGACUGGAGAGUGUGCUUUAGUUAGAAACCAUACUGUAGUUAACUUAUACACUUGUAGGCACAAAGCGCUUUAGUACCUAGGGUCGUUAUUCGGCAGAAGUUGUACCACAUCCUAGGCGUCAGAAUAAAUACGGACUGAAUACUCAACUAGCUACAAGAGCGGCACGGUUAGAGCAGUAGCGGUGAGGCCGUCUGGGCUCCAUGCGGACCUAUACCCGAGUAUCAUCAAGUAGGCGAAAUGAAGGGGCUGACUGUAUGUGGAACACGUCGACUGCUGAACUCCGGCCUGUUAUGGUGUUCAUCUAUGGAGGAGGAAACACUAUUGGAAACAACAAGGCUGACAAUUAUGGUCCCCACUACUUACUGGAUAAGGACGUCGUGCUGGUAACCAUAAACUAUCGCCUGAGCGUUCUAGGUUUCCUCAGCACUGGAGACGAUGCAGCGCCGGGUAAUUUUGCCCUGAAGGACCAAGUUGAAGCACUGCGCUGGGUCCAGAAGAACAUCGCAGCAUUCGGUGGUGACCCAAAUAGAGUCACAAUAUUCGGAGAAAGUGCAGGCGGUAUGUCAGUCCACUUCCACAUACUGUCACCUCUCAGCAAGGGGCUGUUCCACAGGGCCAUCUCGGAGAGUGGGUCCGCACUCAUGCCACUUUUCUUUCGUACGGAUAGCAUACUGUCACAGGCACAACGGUUGGCGCAGGCUGUGGGGUGCCCGACGGAAAACUCAGAGGAACUUGUCAGCUGUCUUAGAACAGUGGACGUCGACACAAUCAUGAAGAACCAGCCAAGCGACUGUUCCUGGCCGCAAGGAAUCCUCUCAUUCUUCUUCUGUAUGUACGACAUCUUCUGGCGGCCGGUGCCCGAGGUAAAGACUGCCGCGAACCCGGAGCCGUUCCUGACGGCACAUCCUCAAGAAAUCAUCAGAUCCGGGGACUUCAACCGCGUGCCGUUCGUACUGGGCACCAAUUCAGAUGAGGGAUCAUUCUUCCUGUUACCACUUGUCUGCACCCAGGCAGCUCUAGAUUACCUGAAUGAUCACCUGGACGACGUGGCUCGAGUUGUUUUCUUCUUGAAUGAGAGUGUGCCAGAAAAUCGCAUCUCCGACACGUUCCAAAGGGUGAUUGACUUCUACUUGGGCAGCAACCGCGUCAUCACCACAGCCACUGUGCACAGCAUUAUUGACGCAGCAACAGACCGGUUUAUGCAGCACAAUAUACAUAAGUCUGUGGAACUGCACCUCAAGUCAGGCCACGAAACCAUAUACCUGUACAACCUGGGCUACCGUGGGAAGCACAGCGUGAUAACAAAGGCACGAUAUGGGGACACCCGGUAUGACCUUGGAGUCCUCCAUGCAGAUGAGUUGGAAUUUAUUAUGACCACCGCUUAUAAGGCUGACAGAUGGGAGCCUGGUCACCCUGAUCUCGAGAUGGUUGAAGCCGUUGUCACAUUGUGGACAAAUUUUGCUACACAUGGGAACCCGACACCGGAAGCAGAUGCUGCGCCUCAAGGAGUUGCAUGGCCAACAGCUGGCGCCAUCAGGAAUAACGUGACGUACUACGUAUUUGACCAUGCUACACCCCCAGCUGAACCUGUUUAUAACGUCAGGCCAUUACGUAUCAGAGUGGUUCCUGAUAAAUUCAAAAAUCGUAUGGACUUCUGGGACUCCCUGCCGCUUAACGAAAAUCAAGAACAGUGAAAUGACCGAUUGGUUUUGAAGCGUUCUCUUAUACAAAUGUGAAUACCGUAUGUCAGAUAAUCAAUAUGAAAUCUUCUGUUGCAAAGAAUAACUUCCAUUCUGUAAUUACAUGACUUCGGUAAUUAUUUCUAUAAUAAAUAUAUGGUACAGUUUUCA